ACCAUUUUAUCAAAUAUAAAACCUCUUAUCUUUUUUAUCUUCCUAAUACAUUAAGAUUAAGUGGUUUUGUUUUCCGUUAAACCGUCUAGAUGUGUUAAUAAAUAGACGACUACUAAUUCGUGCUGCGCAGUGACUGUUGCUAAGCGCACCCAGCAGCGCCAUUACUGUCCGGAGCGCGGCGCUAGCUUCACCCUCCGGUGGCUGAUCGGUGUGUUGACGGAAGUUCCCGCGGUAGAAGAAGACGAGCGGGGCCGUGAUGGUGCGGGUGAAGUCGAGGUAUUUACUGUGCGAGGUGAACGUGUCGGACCGGAGCCAGCUGCUGCUGCUGGACGACCGGGCGGUGGCAGCCGCGGUGAAGGCAGCGGUGGCCCGGAUCCACGGAGACUACGGAGCCGCUCUCUGCAGCAUCAGGUUCAACGUGAAAUAUGUGAACGCUCACACUGGAACAGUAUUCCUGCGUUUCCCCAAAAGGUGUUACAGACUCCUCUGGUCUGCGUUGCCUUUCAUCACCAGUGUCGAAGCUUGUGGGCAGAAAAUCCCCUGUUUCCUCAACUGUUUGCAUGUGGGAGGAACAAUCAGAACGUGUCAGAAGUUUCUGAUACGAUACAACAAACAGCAGCUCCAUCGAAUGCUCCCUAAGUGUAAAAACAAAGAGGAAGAAGAACAGAUCCGCAGAGAGAUUCUCAACUGUUCCCUCAAAGGAGGAAACAAGGAAGGCUUUGAAGAUGGAUCAGAGAGCGAGGAAGAUGAAGAGGAGUGAGGUCACAGCGUGCAGUAAAGGAUGGCCGCAGUCUGAGAAGAAACCGACAGCUGUGGAAAUAUGGUCAACGUCAGCUGAUCCAUCGUCCACUGAGCCCCGCCCCCUUUUUGCUCUGUGGUCCAAUCACAGUUGAGCAAGCCUCCGUCAACUUCCUUCUUUCCUGUACUUAAAUAUGCUACGUGCUAGGCUAAUCUAUGUUAAAAAGACAUUUUGAAGACGGUUAAAAGAUAAAAGUGACACAUGAAGUCGCAUCUUGAAUGAGCUACUGUUUUGCUAAUGGAUUCAUGUGUUCAUCACCGACUGUUACUGGAGCACAGAGGAGGCUCAGUUAGCAGCAAACACAGUUUAUGUUCUAUGGAAUUUAUUUUGUAUUUAUAUUAUCUUUUGUGCUAAUUAGUAGUUUGUUUACAAAUUAAAGAACUAUUUUUCAAGAUAA